AUGGCCAAAGCGCUCCUCCUCUACCGAAACGCACCCCGCAUGGGCAUCCAGUCACCCGCACAACUAAUCUUCAACCGACCCAUCCGCGACGGUUUACCGGCACACAGGAGAUCCUUCGCGCCAGAAUGGCAAAAGGAAGCCAGAGAAAUCGAGCAGAGGCAACGAAAAAUGCUGGAGAAGACGACAAACUACUACAACCGCGACGCAAAGGAUUUGCCGGAAUUGACCACUGGCGACCACGUACUCAUCCAACAUCCAGAUUCCAAGCGAUGGACCACACCAGGAGUGGUGGUGGAAACUGGCCCAAACCGGGAUUACACGGUCAAAACACCAUCCGGCCGAAUUUUUCGGCGAAAUCGCCGUAUGCUCCGCAAAAGAACAGUGGUAAUGCCGGGAACGAUUCCACCAGCCGAAAACGAACCAGUAGCAGCAGCGGAACCAAUUCGACCAAUCCCCACCAUCGAAAGAGCAACGCCGACCACAACACAGCCGGAGAAGAGAACGGACGGGCAACUUGGCCAGCAAGUCGGAGUCGGGCGCGGCCGAGGACGCGGCCGGAUUCCGCCUAUACGCCAGUCAACCCGCAUCAGCGUGCCAAGUAACCGAUACCCGGCAGAAGAUUGGACCAAAUAA